AUGAUGAGCUUCAGCGGCGCGGACGCGCUGCUGGGCGCCCCGUUCGCGCCGCUACAUGGAGGCGGCAGCCUGCACUACGCGCUGGCCCGCAAGGGCGGAGCGCGUUCUGCUGCCGGCUCAUCCAGCGGCUUCCACUCCUGGGCGCGGACAUCCGUGAGCUCCGUAUCGGCCUCGCCGGGCCGCUUCCGCGGUGCAGGAGCCACCUCGAGCACCGACUCGCUAGAUACGUUGAGCAACGGACCGGAGGGCUGCGUGGUGGCAGCAGCGGCAGCCCGCAGCGAGAAGGAGCAGCUGCAGGCGCUGAACGACCGCUUCGCCGGCUACAUCGACAAGGUGCGGCAGCUCGAAGCACAUAACCGCAGCCUGGAAGGCGAGGCGGCGGCGCUGCGGCAGCAGCAGGCGGGCCGCUCCGCCAUGGGCGAGCUGUAUGAGCGAGAGGUACGCGAGAUGCGCGGUGCAGUGCUGCGCCUAGGCGCGGCGCGCGGCCAGCUGCGCCUGGAGCAGGAGCACCUGCUGGAAGACAUCGCGCACGUGCGCCAGCGCCUAGACGACGAGGCCCGGCAGCGGGAGGAAGCUGAGGCGGCAGCGCGCGCACUCGCGCGCUUUGCGCAGGAGGCUGAGGCGGCACGCGUCGAGCUGCAGAAGAAAGCGCAAGCACUGCAGGAAGAGUGCGGCUACCUGCGGCGUCACCACCAGGAGGAGGUGGGCGAGCUGCUCGGCCAGAUCCAGGGCUGCGGCGCCGCGCAGGCGCAGGCGCAGGCCGAGGCGCGCGACGCCCUUAAGUGCGACGUGACGUCGGCGCUGCGCGAAAUCCGCGCGCAACUCGAAGGCCACGCGGUGCAGAGCACGCUUCAGUCGGAGGAGUGGUUCAGAGUGAGGCUGGACAGACUCUCAGAGGCAGCCAAGGUGAACACAGAUGCCAUGCGCUCAGCACAGGAGGAGAUAACUGAGUAUCGGCGCCAGCUACAGGCCAGGACCACAGAACUGGAAGCGCUCAAAGGCACCAAGGACUCAUUAGAGAGGCAACGCUCUGAGCUGGAGGACCGUCAUCAGGCCGAUAUCGCAUCCUACCAGGAAGCCAUCCAGCAGCUGGACACCGAGCUGAGGAACACCAAGUGGGAAAUGGCAGCCCAGCUCCGAGAGUACCAGGACCUGCUCAAUGUCAAGAUGGCUCUGGAUAUUGAGAUCGCUGCUUACAGAAAACUCCUGGAGGGCGAAGAGUGUCGGAUUGGCUUUGGCCCCAGUCCUUUCUCCCUUCCAGAAGCACUCCCCAAAAUUCCCUCUGCAGCAACUCACAUAAAGGUCAAAAGUGAAGAGAAGAUCAAGGUGGUAGAAAAGUCAGAGAAGGAAACUGUGAUUUUGGAGGAACAGACAGAGGAGAUCCAAGUGACUGAAGAAGUAACUGAAGAAGAAGAGAAAGAGGCCAAAGAGGAGAAGGGUGAGGAGGAGGAAGCAGAAGGAGGAGAAGAAGAAACAAAAUCUCCCUCAGCAGAAGAGGCUGCAUCUCCAGAGAAGGAGGAGGCCAAGUCACCAGUUGGAGCCAAGUCCCCGGUGAAGGAAGAAGCUAAGUCCCCAGCCGAGGCCAAGUCCCCAGUGAAGGAAGAGGCUAAGUCACCAGAAAAGGCUAAGUCACCCAUGAAAGAAGAAGCAAAAUCACCAGCUGAGGCCAAGUCCCCUGUGAAGGAAGAGGCCAAGUCUCCAGCUGAGGUGAAGUCCCCUGAGAAAGCUAAAUCCCCUGUGAAAGAAGCAGCAAAAUCACCAACUGAGGUGAAGUCUCCAGAGAAGACCAAGUCCCCUGUGAAGGAAGAAGCAAAGUCCCCAGUGGAGGCCAAGUCCCCAGAGAAGGCCAAGUCCCCUGUGAAGGAAGAGGCCAAGUCCCCAGAGAAGGCCAAGUCUCCUGUGAAGGAAGAGGCCAAGUCCCCAGAGAAGGCCAAGUCCCCUGUGAAGGAAGAAGCCAAGUCCCCAGAGAAGGCCAAGUCUCCAGUGAAGGAAGAGGCCAAAUCCCCUGAGAAGGCCAAGUCCCCUGUGAAGGAAGAAGCCAAGUCCCCAGAGAAGGCCAAGUCCCCUGUGAAGGAAGAGGCCAAGUCCCCUGAGAAGGCCAAGUCCCCUGUGAAGGAAGAGGCCAAGUCCCCUGAGAAGGCCAAGUCCCCUGUGAAGGAAGAGGCCAAAUCCCCUGAGAAGGCCAAGUCCCCAGAGAAGGCCAAGUCCCCUGUGAAGGAAGAGGCCAAAUCCCCUGAGAAGGCCAAGUCCCCUGUGAAGGAAGAGGCCAAGUCCCCUGAGAAGGCCAAGUCCCCAGAGAAGGCCAAGUCCCCUGUGAAGGAAGAGGCCAAGUCCCCUGAGAAGGCCAAGUCCCCUGUGAAGGAAGAGGCCAAAUCCCCAGAGAAGGCCAAGUCCCCUGUGAAGGAAGAGGCCAAGUCCCCUGAGAAGGCCAAGUCCCCUGUGAAGGAAGAGGCCAAAUCCCCUGAGAAGGCUAAGACUCUUGAUGUGAAGUCCCCAGAAGCCAAGACCCCAGCAAAGGAGGAAGAAAGGUCCCCUGCAGACAUCAAAUCUCCUGAAAAGGCAAAAAGCCCUGUCAAGGAGGAGGUCAAGUCCCCAGAGAAGGUGAAAUCUCCUGUGAAGGAGGAGACCAAGGCUUCUGAGAAAGAGGUCACAAAGAAGGAAGAGGCAAAGUCCCCCGUGAAGGAGGAAGAGAAACCCCAGGAAGUGAAAGUCAAAGAGCCCCCAAAGAAGGUCGAGGAAGAGAAAGCUCCAGCCACACCAAAACCUGAGGAGAAGAAGGACAGCAAGAAAGAUGAGGUGCCCAAGAAGGAGACUCCAAAGCCUGAGGUCCAGGAAAAGAAGGAACCUGCUGUGGAGAAGCCCAAAGAAUCCAAGGUUGAAGCCAAGAAAGAGGCUGAAGAUAAGAAAAAAGCAGUGACCCCAGAGAAGGAGGCUCCUGCCAAGGUGAAGGAGGAGGCCAAGCCCAAAGAGAAGGCUGAGGUGUCCAAGAAGGAGCCAGAUGAUGCCAAGGCCAAAGAACCCAGCAAAGCAGCAGAGAAGGAGCCAGAAAAGCCAAAGAAGGAAGAGACACCAGCAGCACCUGAGAAAAAAGAUGCCAAGGAGAAGACCACAGAGGCCAAGAAGCCUGAAGAGAAACCCAAAGAGGAGCCUGGCAAGGAGGCCCCCACACCUGGCAAAGCCAAGACGGAAAAGGCUGAGAAAUCCUCUAGCACAGACCAGAAAGACAGCAGGCCUCCAGAGAAGGCCACAGAAGACAAGGCCUCCAAGGGGGAGAAGUAAAGCAGGGAGAAAGGACUAUCCAGAACAGCCAAAGAAACUCAGGAGGGUCUGGGAGCUCAAGAGUUGACAUAACAAAUUUUCAUGUUUUUCUCCCUUUUCUUUAUAUAAGAAACUCUACUUAGACGAUGGGGCCCUCCUUCACCAAACAGAAAUUUCUAUUAGCAAUAUUUAGCAAGAGAGGGUAUUCCCGACCCCCCAACUCCACACCUCAAACCCUUCCCAGGUGAUGGACAAUUAUGUUAUAUGAUAGCUUAUGUAGCCGAAUGUGAUAUAUGCCGAAUGCCACAUGUAAACACUUGAGUAUACAAACUGACCCCCUCCUUUCCAAAUAAGUGCAUUUAUUUCCUGUAUGUGCAACUGACAGAUGACCGCAAUAAUGAAUGAGCAGUUAGAAACACAUAAUGCUUGAGAUGUCUUAACUUAUUCCUGAAUGCCUUCUGUUUUCCAAAGGAGUGGCCGAGCCCUUGCCCAGAGCUCUCUAUCCUGGAAGAGCUGGAGCAGGUGGGGCUGUGCACUGGCCACUGAAUCAUGCCAGGGCGCACUUUUCCACUGGAGUUCACUUUCAAUUGCUUCUGUGCAAUAAAACCAAGUGCUUAUAAAAUGAAAAUGUUUCUGUUGUUAUUUAUUCUCUUUCCCCAGGCAGGUUGGGGGACAGGGCCAGGGGAAGUCUAGAUGUCACACUCAAGACAGCAGAGGACUGAGUAAGCAUCAGAGGUCUCAUGCAGGUAUGGGACCAGUUAAUGUGGCCUUCCUUGGGCUAUUUCCUGGCAUAAAUCAUGUGCCAGGCAAUGUGCUUUAUUUUUAGGAUCUUGUAGAUAAGUGGUCUGGUGUAUGGUUUCACAGGGUGGUCCAUGGAUCACCUAUAUCAGCAUCAUCUGGGAGCCAUAUAAAAAUGAAGAUUCUGGAUGUCUCGGUUGAGCAUCCACCUUUUGAUUUUGGCUCAGGUAAUGAUCCAGGGUCAUGGGAUGAAGCCCCAUGUCAGGCUCUCCCUCUGAGGGAGAGAAGAUUCUCUCUCCCUCUGACACUCUCACCCUACUCACAGGCACACUGUCUCUAAAACUAAAAAAAGAAAAAGGAGAUUCCUUGUUUCCAUUGUAGACCAUUGAAUCAAAAUUUGAGGGGUAAGCCUGGGAAAGUACAUGCUUUACCAACUCCCACUUGAUUCUGAUGCACCCUGACACCUGAGAAUAGGUGAGGUCCUUUGAAUAUUAAA